AUGAAUAAAAAUGAGGAUACGUCAAUUAUAUCGGAUACAACAACAUUAUAUUCAACAACAACAAUAAUGGAAUCAAUAACAACAAGUUCAUCAUUACAAUCAUUCAUCAACCAUAAUCACACAUUAUUCAAUGAACAUAAUUUUAAAUAUAAUAAUUAUUUCAAUAUUGAUUAA